CUUCCCUUUCCUUUUAUUUUUUUUUCUCUCUUUUCUCACUCUCAUCUGUACCUGUAAGACUAUCGCAUCUUCCUACCAUUCCCUCCAUCCUCUUCGCAUUUACGCCAUUUUUAUCUACCUUCUUUCUCUCUCCUCUUAUCCUUUUAACACCUCUACAUUUUAUUCACUUCUUCAUCAUACUCUCUAUUUAGUUUUGUCAUCAGAUCUGGCUUCAAUCCAUUACUUUUGGGUUUCUUUUCGAUUUUAUUUCUUCUACAGCUUUUUUUGUCGGUAAUUAGGGUUUUUGAUUCCUUGAUUUCAAAUGAUGUCUACCUUAGGAGCAGAUCUGACUACUUCUAGAAUUUUCCCUGAACCCAUGUUAGAUUACAGCUGUGAAUAUGAUUCUAACGCUAUUGAUCUCUUUGAUACAAUACCAGAUUCUCUGCUUUUAUUGAUUUUCAAUAAGAUCGGAGAUGUCAAAGCUCUUGGUCGAUGUUGCGUUGUUUCGAGAAGAUUCCACGCGUUGGUUCCUCAAGUUGAUAACGUCGUUGUUCGAGUUGAUUGCGUGAUUUCCGAUGAUGAUUCUUCUUCCGCUGUUGCAUCUGCAGAUAAGUCUCGUUCCUCCUUUUCUAAUCUUUUUCGUCUCAUUUUUGGAAAUAUCUUUAAGCCCAUUCAAGUUUUGAGCCAGUUCUUAGGCCCAAAACGAUCUGGUCCGGGUAGUGUGUUGACUACCGGACCGUCUUCGUCGUCUCCGUCGACGUCUUUAUUGGUAGGUAAUGGGGUUGAUGAUGAAGAUGGAGAGCAAGGAAGUGUGACCCAUCAUUCCCCUACUCAAGUUUUGAAAAAUUUUAAUGAGAUUCGGUUUCUGAAAAUUGAGCUUCCAAGUGGUGAAUUGGGCAUUGAUGAUGGGGUUUUGCUUAAAUGGAGGGCUGAUUUUGGGUCUACUUUAGAUAAUUGUGUUAUUCUUGGUGCAUCUUCCGUUGUUUACAAUGCUAAAUCUAGUCAAGUAAAUGAAAAUGACCAACUUAACGCUGCUGCCGUUAAUGAGGAUAAUGGAAGUAUACCUGAAUCAUUCUACACCAAUGGGGGUCUAAAAUUGAGGGUGGUUUGGACUAUCAGCUCGUUAAUUGCAGCAUCAGCCAGACACUACUUAUUACAACCCAUAAUUGGGGAGCAUCAAACAUUGGAUAGUCUAGUUUUAACUGAUGCGGAUGGUCAGGGGGUGCUGUGUAUGAACAGAGAUCAGUUGGAGGAGUUGAGGGUGAAGCCCUUAUCACCGUCUUCGGCAUCCAAGAGAACUCUUGUGCCUGCAUUGAAUAUGAGAUUGUGGUAUGCGCCCCAUUUGGAGCUUCCUGAUGGGGUUGUAUUGAAGGGGGCAACAUUAGUUGCUAUAAGACCUAGUGAGCAGUCAGGUGUUAGUCCUAAGAAAGAGAUUUCAGACUUGUCUUGGGUUUCCACCGCUUUUGAAGAGCCUUAUGGGACAGCCGCUAAGAUGCUUGUAAAAAGACGGACAUAUUGCCUUGAGAUGAAUUCCUUUUGAUGAGUACUGAUUUGCAGGGAGUUGGCAGGGCGUGUCAUAAAGGGAGGUUCCAAAGACAGAAAAUACAAUUUUGUUUGCACUGCAGCAGUGCCCUUUGGAGGCAGGCAAUGUAUGUGGAAGCGUAUGGCUGAGGUGCUAAUGAUCUGUCUCGUGUACAGAACGAAACAAAUUCAUCCGGCGCCUUUCAUGAUAUGUCAAGUAUAAAAAGAAGAAGCCAUAGCUGCAAACGAGGUACUGGAUGGAAGUUAGAGCUUUGAAUUUGUGGAUGUUUAAUAAUCAUCAUCUAUCAACUCUGUAUAUUGUAGGCAUGAAUAUGUUGAUGCUUUAUUUGAUGUAAGUUUUUAAUGUCAUCAAGCAGUGUAAUGUUGCACUCUGAUGUUACUUCUACUCCUCUCUAGUCUAUAAAUCCAACUUCGAGAGACGUAACAUCUAAAAGCAAGUAUCUUCUUUGGCGACGACACAAGGGUUUGUGAUAGUUUGAUAAAUGUGUAGUCUUUUCUGUGACUAGUGUCACAUUCUCUUCGUUACUUUGAAUUCAUAACAUCGUUACAGCGUAUAUGAUAUAGUGGAUUAACUUGUUAUCUCU